AUGAACACCAUCCAGGAUAAUGCUGCUCAGUCGAUGAGAGAGCUUCUGAAAUCGGUUGCUGCUUACGUUCUUGAGUCUACCGAGAUGAACGAUGAUGGUAUUGUUUUCAAGCACAAGGUGACGACUGACAAGGAAACGGGCGAAGCUGUCCUUGACUUUACCGGUGAUGGUUUCAUAGUAUCCGAAGCCCUUGGUGACAUUCCCCCGUAA